UGCCGCCAUGUUGUAGUGUUGGCUUGGUUGGAUUUUGGCAGCGCAUGGCUUUUUGAUGAAGUAGAUUGCCGCCGAUAAAGUAGGAGUCUUGAGUGAUUACCGCGUGUUUAAAAACUGUGUUUAAUAUUAUCCGUUUCUACUUCAAUUUAUGGCGAAGUGCGUAGUUGCCCGGAUACAAUUUUGUUAGAUCUAGUUCACUUGAGCAUAAUCUGCAGUUUAUCUACAUCGCGAAUUGGUGUUACGUAAAUAGUGUUGUGAAAGUAGAGACAGCAUCACCCCGGGGAAGAUGGUGGGGUCGCGUGUUUAUGUCGGUGGACUGCCUUUCGGCGUCCGAGACCGUGAUCUGGAGAAGUUCUUUAAAGGCUUUGGCAGAAUCAGAGAUAUCCUCAUCAAGAACGGUUACGGCUUUGUGGAAUUUGAAGACUACAGAGACGCAGACGAUGCAGUGUAUGAGUUAAAUGGCAAAGAGUUGCUAGGCGAAAGGGUGGUGGUGGAGCCGGCGCGAGGCAUCGACCGCAGCGCGGACCGGUACAGACGCGAACGCUACACCGAACGCGACCGCGGCCGCUCGCGAUACGAUGACUCCAAUUGUAGAUACGGGCCGCCGACGCGCACGGAGUACCGGCUAAUCGUCGAAAAUCUGUCUAGCCGCAUUAGCUGGCAGGACUUGAAGGAUUGUAUGCGUCAAGCUGGUGAAGUCACCUACGCUGACGCUCACAAACAACACAGAAAUGAAGGAGUGGUCGAAUUCGCCACCCAUUCUGACAUGCGCGCAGCUAUUGAGAAGCUAGACGGUACAGAGUUGAACGGUCGUCGUAUACGCCUGGUGGAAGAUCGUCGCUCGUCGCGGCGUCGCACUCGAUCGUCGUCCAGUCGCUCGCGCAGCCGAUCGCGCGAUCGCCGUCGUAGCCGCUCCAGGUCUGGCCGUUCGCGUAGCAGAUCCCGAUCCAAGUCCCGCCCGAAGAGCAAGAGCCCUGCGGCCAAGUCGCGAUCCCGGUCUCGAUCCAAGGACCGCAGCCGGUCCAAGUCUCGAUCGCGCUCCGCCUCCCGUAGGUCGGAGCGCCGCUCCGCUUCCCGCCGCUCCGCUUCGCCCGUGGAGGACCGCAACGGACACCGCUCCGCUUCCAGGUCUAAGUCACGCUCGCCGAAAGACGGCUCACGAGAGACGGCAACCAAGAGGGACAGAUCCCGUUCCCGCAGCAAGGAGGCGUCCCCCAAGCGUGAGGAGGAGCGCCGCGCCGCAAGCAAGUCCCGCUCCCGCUCUCGUUCCCGCUCCCGCGACCGCUCCGCUUCCCGCGACCGAUCCGCUUCCCGCUCCCGCUCUCGCUCCGGAUCCCCGCGACAAAACGGAGACGGCAAAGACCGCGCGAGCACAGACCGCUCCCCGCGUAGCGGAGACUAAAGUUAAAAUUACACUUUUAAGACAUUUAGGCUAGGAUAGGACUUUGAUUUUAUGAACUUGACUUCGUCUUUUGUUUCGUGGACCUAAACGGUUUAUAGAUCGUUUCAUCCAUGAAGACGCGUCCGCUAAUGUUUGAGUGUUAUCGGUACACGCUAAAUUGUCCAUAAGUGCACACGCACACUAAAAUAACGACGCUCGGAUUGCUCGGAUUAAACUCCACGCACCCCGCGCUUCCCUUGACCAAAAAUUGGUGGGGCCCGACUUCGUUGAUGAAACGAGCUAUAGCCACUUUCAUUUCUCUUGUUCUUGGAUGACCGCUACGAUUCUUGAUCUCUUAGAUAUCUAAAUAAGCUCAUCCCUUUGCAAUAAUAGGUCUACGCUUUGUAGGUACGCGUUUAUUUGAUUGAAGUCACGAUUGUAAUAUAAGAUUUUUAAACGCACCGUUUUUUGGCAUCGGUCACGAGUAAUUUGUGUCGUCUUUACUAUUCACAGUAAUAUAGUUGUAAACGUCGUGUAAGUGCGCUGAUUAACGAGUUAAGAUUUUAUUUUUAUAGUCUCUAAUUUAAAGUGACAGGGAACUUGUAAUGAUAACAUUGGUAACAUGGACUAAUUUUAAGAUCAAUAUAGUUUACCAUUCAAAUGCAUUUUUGUCAUAUUAUUGCAAUGGCAUACCAUUCACUCAUUUUGGUUGACUGCUGAUAUUUGACGACUAAAACAAAUUAAAGUACAUUUUACACUACCCAUGGUAUUAGGGUAUAAUUUGUGAAUUAAUUUCCUUUGAGAUAGGUAAGGUUAUAUGGUAUUUGUAAAUACUGAUUUUUGUUACUAAUAACCAAAUAAAUAAGUUAUAGGUA